AUGGCGGCAUCCCGAGCCACACGUACAUUCUUUGAGGUGGAUCCCCCUCCAGGACACCAGGUGGAAGAGGUGUAUCCUAUCUUGCUUCCACCUAUGUGCCUGAAUCGAUACUACGUGGCCGAAGGUGUGCGAAUCUACAGCCAGGACACUUGGUGUCGUGUUCGCGAAGCUGCCUGUGCCUCAAUUGCAGAAAGUGUGUCUAAGUUAGACUCUGCACUUCUGUUGCCUCAUAUUGGUAAAUUGUUGGAGGCUUUGUUCAUCUGCUUCGACGAUGAUAGCUGGCCGGUACGAGACGCAGCCUGUACAGCUCUUGGCACUCUGAUCUCUGUGCUCCCCGACGCCACCAAACAGUGCGGAUAUCCGGAUUUGAUGGCUGAUCGGUUUUUACGCAACCUGUCCGACAGCAUUCCUUCAGUUCGGGAUGGCGCGGCCUAUUCAAUUGCACGAAUUUUGAAUUCAACUAAUGAUCCUGAAUUAGUUCAGAUGUACACAAAAUACAUUGUAGAGAAACUAGCCGGCGUUGCGGAUCAACCAGCGGAAUCACUCGGUUCCGAAUCUGCUCGUCCUCAUUCGAAGGGCCCUGGAGUUUCGCAUGUGGUCUCCCGAAGCGGCCGUAAAGGUGGGGGUUGCCACGAUGGGCUCUAUCAACGAUUGAGUGAACCAUGGGAGCGUGCAGACGGAGCCGUUCGUUUGGUCGGACAGUUGGCCGAAUGUGCUACCAAAUACUUUUCCGAUUCUAUGGUCGAUCAGAUUGUCGAAGCUACCUCAAAGACCCACUACACUCACUAUCCUUAUUUGCUAGAAACUGCUUGCGGGAUCNACGGAUUAGAAAAGGCACGUUUCAAGCGACAUUUGGACAACCUACUGAUCGUCUUAACCGGAGCCAUUGAGAGCCAGCUUCCGUUAGCGGUGGCUGCCGCGGAAGAAUCCUUGUCCUUGUUGGCCCUUCGAAUAGGACCGAACGUGCUUCGUGGUCGUGUGGAAAACCAUAUGGAUUCACGCGUGGCACGAACUCUGAUUCGUGCUCUCCCGCAGGCCGAUUAA